AUGGGAUUAACUCAUUCUUCAUCUUAUCAUAUUUCUCAUGUGAGAAGUGUGUCAACAUCUGGUCCUGUUGUUGUUGAACCAUUUUCAGAUAUUUACCCACGUUUGGAUAUUUGGGAUUUCUGCGAUAAUGAAGCAUACGCUCCACAAUUAGAUUUGUUGGUUCAAAGUUAUCAGGCGCUUUUUGAUCGUCCUUAUUAUGAUAUGCGUUCAUUUUAUCAAGUUGCUGGUAUUCAUGGACUACCUUUUGAUCCUUAUGAUGGUGUUACUGGUGGUGCUCAUGAAUACAAAAAUGAGACUGAUUGGCAGACAGGUCGUUUUGGUGGUUAUUGUCAUCAUGGGAGUGUUUUAUUUCCAACAUGGCAUAGACCAUAUAUGCUUUUAAUUGAAUCUCUAUUGGUUAAUGAAGCUCAACAAAUUGCUUACCAAUACCCUGAUAACGAAAAAGAAAAAUAUAUUGAAGCUUCAAAACAACUUCGUCAUCCUUAUUGGGAUUGGGCUGAUAAUAAGACAAUGAAUGGUAUUCCGAAAGUAUUCAUAACUCCUGAAAUUGAAAUAAAUACUCCAAAAGGCAAAAAAAAAAUCAAAAAUCCGUUGAAAAGUUUUACUUUACCCGUUGAUCUUGCACAUCCCCUUGGAAAAGGCAAUAACCCAACUGAUAAACCAAAUUAUAUAGUUCCAGAUUUAAAAAACAAUCCAUAUACUCCUGCUGGUUAUCCUACAAUAAGAUAUCCUGAUAAUAAUUAUGAAGAUCAAGAUGAUUUAUUAGUCGGUAAUGUCUCCUCACAUGUUGCUACGGUAUUUAAACCUGGAUGGUAUCAAACAUUUCAUUUUGGAGACUUUCUACGUUUUAGUUCUCAUGGUGUAAGAUCAGAUGAUUCACAAAUGCCAAAUAGAUUUGGUGGUCAUCCUCCUCCUACAGUAAUUAAUGGCACUUCUCAUUUUGCUUCUUUCGAAACAACUCACGAUGCUUUUCAUUUACUAUUUGGUGGUCUUGGAGGUCAUAUGGGUUAUGUAGAUCUAGCUACAUUUGACCCUGUAUUCUUUUUCCAUCAUUCUAAUAUGGAUCGUCUUUUUGCACUUUGGCAGGGAGCAUUUCCUGAUAGUUGGAUUCCAAAAAAGCCUAAUAUCAAUGGAAGUUAUACAGAAUUAAUAAACGAAGAAUUAGAUGAAAAUACUGAUCUAACACCAUUCCGAAAAACAAAAACCGAAUUCUGGAAAUCUUCUGAUGUUCGAGAUUUUGAAAAACUUGGGUAUACUUAUUUAGAAUGGCAAAAAUUAAAAAGUCAAGGUCCAAAACAAAUACAAUCUUAUCUUCUUGAAUUAUAUAAACCUGAUCCUCAUUAUGGAGAAAGAUUUUUUGUAAAGGUGAUUAUAGAACCAGGUAAAUUGGCUGGUCCAUACCUCAUUAGAGUAUUUAUUGAUUUACCUACUGCGAAUAUCCAAACUCCAACAACUUCACCUCAUUAUGCUGGUCUUGUUGGUAUGUGGAGUGGUAAUAAAGCUCAUGAUAAUUCUUUUGUUGUGGGAACCGUCGAUAUUACGGCAGCUAUGAUACGAUUGGGAAUACGAGCGCAAACGCAUGAAUCUCUUCAAGAAGUUAAUACUACAACAGGCCUUUUAAGUCCAACUGCGAUUUUUGAUGUUUAUUCUGAUAUCCAAUUAAUUCCUGUUUUACAUAAUAAUGAGUGUGUUAGUCCGAAAGAAGCUGGUGUUGUUUCUAUUGAAGUUUAUUCAUUCGAACACAGUAAAGUGAAUCCAAAUUUCUUGGUCGAAGACACUGGUCGAUAUUAUG